AUGGGAAUUCUGGCACUGAGUUCCAUUUUAACUGCGCUCAUUCUGUGCUUUCUGAUGGCCCAGUUUGUAAGGCUGCAGAUUAGGAGAAAGCGAUUUCCUCCUGGACCAACUCCUCUACCCUACAUUGGUAACUUUUGGCAGCUGAAGUUUUUCCGGCUAUCCCGUGAACUUCUGACUGAGGAGGCCAAAACUUAUGGGAACAUCUUUACUUUGUGGUUCGGCACAGUCCCUGCGGUCAUACUGGUAGGAUUCCAAGCGGUGAAGGAUGGACUCACCACCCGCCCUGAAGACAUGGUCGGCCGGCCCCAAACGCCUUAUUUCAAAGCCCUGGCAAAUAACAAGGGUAUUUUUCUGACAACUGCUAAGACCUGGAAGAACCAGAGACGGGUUUCCCUGAUGAUCCUGAGGACUCUGGGCUUGGGGAAAAGAAGCUUUGAGUACCAGGUCCAAGAGGAAGCCUGCAACCUGGUGGAAGCCUUUCGGAAUACAAAAGGAAAGCCUAUGAAUCCAUCUUACGCCAUCACUCUUGCCGUUGCAAACGUGAUUUGCUCUGUGGUCUUUGGUCAUCGCUUCUCCAAUGACGACAAAACCUUUCAUGGGUUGCUGGAAGCCAUGGAGUGUCUCUUCACCUUUUUUGGUUGUUUCAUGCAUCACUUUUAUGAACUUUUCCCCUGGCUUCUAAACCAUAUCCCAGGACGUCACCAGAAGGCAUUGUCCUCCCGUGACUUCGUGCACUCCUUCAUAAGGAGGGAGAUCAAGAAGCACCUGGACUCUGAUGUUCCGGAUGAGCCACAAGACUUCAUUGAUUUUUACCUUGCUCAGAUAGACCGAACGAAAAGCCAGCCGAGCCCACCCUAUGAUGAAAAGAACAUGGUACACUGUAUAUUUGACCUCUUCUUGGGUGGGACAGAGACGUCCAGCACUACCCUCCACUGGGCAUUGCUCUAUAUGGUGCUUUAUCCAGACGUCCAAGCAAAAGUCCAGAAGGAGAUAGACACAGUUUUGGCUCCUGGCCAAAUGAUCUACUAUGAAGAUCGCAAGAAUCUUCCCUACACGAACGCUGUGAUUCACGAGAUCCAGCGGUUUAGCAACAUUGUUGCAGUUGGGGUGCCCAAGUGUUGCGUGAGGGACACCACGAUCCGAGAGUUUUUUAUUGAAAAGGGCACCAUCAUUUUCCCAAUCUUGGCAUCUGCCUUGUACGAUUCCAGCGAAUGGGAGAGGCCUCUGAAUUUCAACCCAAGCCAUUUCCUUGACAAGGACGGGAAUUUUACCUGCCGGGACGCCUUCAUACCAUUUUCUUUAGGGCAUCGAACAUGUGUGGGAGAUCAUUUGGCAAGAACAGAGUUGUUCCUUUUCUUCUCCAGCCUUCUCCAGGCAUUCACGUUCCACUUGGCAGAAGGAAGCAAAGACAUAACCGUGGAAGCUGUUUGGGGCGGCACUUUGCAGCCUCAUUACUUUGAGAUUUGUGCUACUCCGCGAUAG